UUCAUUAUUUGUUGUCUUUCUUCCAUUAUGACCCUUUAUUUACUUAAUGUAUCUCUUUCUUUACUUAUUUAUUUCAACAUUUACAACAUUUUUCUUUUCAAUGUGACCACGAUAAUUAUUCAUUAUUAUUUAUUUAUUUUCAUAUUUCCUCCAUAGACUGUAAAUAAUAACAUUUCCUCCUGUGACCUUGCUUUUCCCCUGUUUGGACCUCCCGCUUGCCGUACUUGUCAGUGCGGACUUCGCUUUUCGUUCCUCCUUGUAAUAAUAAAUGACAGAAGAUGUUUGUGUUGGUGUGGCUGUACUGAAAGGCGUUUUUUAAACAUGUCUCUCAAUGGAGGCGGAUCCAGAGGAUUUUAUUUUAACACCGUCUUGUCUUUGGCUCGGUCGUUGGCGGCUCACCGGCACGCACCGAUAGAAAAGGUCCAGAAGCUACAAUGCAUGUGUCCCGUGGACUUCAGGGGAGUCUUCCAGCUGGACGAGAGGAGGAGAGAUGCUGUGAUUGCACUCGGCAUCUUCCUGGUGGAGUCAGAGCUGCAGCACAAAGAUGCUAUCGUCCCCUACCUGCUUGUGCUGCUCAAAGGGCUUCCUAAAGUUCAGUGGAUUGAAGAAAGCUCAGAACGCAAAGGAAGGGAGACCCUUCCUGUUGCAGAGAACUUCAGCUUUGCUCUGGUGACGGUACUGUCAGACGUCGCCCAACGCGAUGAGACGCUACAGCAACAAAUCUUGGAGGCCGUUAUGGACAUCAUGCAGGUCCUGCAGGAAAUCUGCAAAACUCCAGAAGCUCAUGAUAAAGAAUACCUGUGCAGGUACACUGUGCCGACCCUGCUCGGUGUUGCUCGCGCCUUUGGACGAUACAGCAACACGGACGAGCCGUUACUGUCCAAGCUGUUCCCUCGGCCGGUCACUCCCGUGCCGCCCACCGCCGAAGAGAACGACGCCCUGCACAGACGCUCUUUCAGCGACUUCCGCUCCAUCCUGCCGAGCUCUUUGCUCACGGUGUGUCAGGGAGACACGCUGAAGCGUAAAGGCUCCUCUCUUCCCAGUGUGUCACAGCAGGCCAGUCCAGAGAGAGCCUGCCUGACCCCCAUCUCUCCUGCUGAUUCCUCUGCUCAGUACUUUGAAGGUUCAUACCUCCCUGAUGGCAGCGCAGUGGACCCUGACUACUACUUCUCCACCAUUAGCUCCAGUUUCUCUGUCUCCCCUCUGUUCACUGGGUGCAGCACUGGAGAGUUUCAGGUCCCUCUGGAUAUACUCAGACAGCUCCUGCACAUGGUUGAACAGUUUGUCUCGGAGUCGUUUUUAAAAUCACUGGAUGAUUCCUUGGCAGAACUUGUCGAGUCGAGCCCUGGUCUUCAUCUCUACUACAAAACCUUCAGCGAUCCUCUGUAUGUGGCCAUAUUUAAAAUGCUAAGAGACACCCUGUACAAUUUAAAAGACCUUCAGACGGACUACGUGAAGGAGGUUCAUGACUUUGUGCUGGAGCAGUUCAGCAGCAGUCAGUCGGAGCUGCAGAGGAUCCUGCACGACGUCGAGUACCUUCAGAGUGAACUGAGCCCGCUAAAGCUGCGCUGUCAGGCCAACGCUGCGUGUGUGGACCUCAUGGUGUGGGCGGUGACUGAAGAGCAGGGAGCUGAGAAUCUUUGCACCAAGCUGUCAGAGAAGCUGCAGUCCAAGACGUCCAGCAAAGUCAUCAUCGCCCACAUGCCCCUCCUCAUUUGUUGCUUACAGGGCCUGGGUCGUCUGUGCGAGCGCUUCCCUGUGGUGGCUCACUCUGUCACCAUGUCGCUCAGAGACUUCCUGGUGGUGCCUUCUCCUGUUCUGGUAAAGCUGUACAAAUACCACAGCCAGUACACACCAGCUGGUGGUGAGAUAAAGAUCCACGUGACAAACGAACAUUCCCAGUCCACUCUCAGCACACAUUCAAGCAAGAAGAGCCAGCCAUCCAUGUACGAACAGCUGCGGGACAUCUCCAUAGAUAACAUCUGCAGGUGUCUGAAAGCAGGACUGACCAUGGAUAACGUCAUCGUAGAGGCCUUUCUUGCCAGUCUCUCCAACCGUCUGUACAUCUAUCAAGAAAACGAUAAGGAUGCUCACUUGAUCCCGGACCACACCAUCAGGGCGUUGGGUCACAUCGCUGUGGCUCUGCGAGACACCCCCAGAGUGAUGGAGCCCAUCCUCCAGAUCCUGCAGCAGAAGUUCUGUCAGCCUCCGUCGCAGCUCGACGUCCUCAUCAUAGACCAGCUCGGCUGCAUGGUCAUCACAGGGAAUCAAUACAUCUACCAGGAGGUGUGGAAUUUGUUCCAGCAGAUCAGCGUCAAAGCCAGCUCCAUGGUCUACUCUACAAAAGACUACAAAGACCACGGAUACAGACACUGUUCCUUGGCCGUGAUAAACGCUUUGGGAAAUAUCGCCGCCAACCUCCAGGCUGAGCAGAUGGUGGACGAGCUGCUGGUCAACCUGCUGGAGCUUUUUGUUCAGCUCGGCUUAGAGGGGAAGAGAGCCAGCGAGAGAGCCCCAGAUAAAGGCCCGGCUCUGAAGGCAUCAAGCAGUGCUGGAAACCUCGGUGUCCUGAUCCCAGUUAUUGCAGUCUUAAUGAAAAGGUUGCCACCAAUUAAAGAAGCCAAGCCACGUCUGCAGAAGCUGUUCAGGGACUUCUGGCUCUACUCUGUCGUCAUGGGAUUUGCAGUGGAGGGUUCAGGUCUGUGGCCGGAGGAAUGGUACGAGGGAGUUUGUGAGAUUGCGACCAAAUCACCGCUGCUCACAUUUCCCAGUGGGGAACCAUUACGCUCUGAGCUCCAGUACAACUCGGCUCUGAAGAACGAUACUGUCACCCCGGCUGAGCUGAAUGACCUGCGCAGCACCAUCAUCAACCUGCUGGAUCCUCCUCCUGAGGUCGCUGCUCUCAUCAACAAACUGGACUUUGCCAUGUCCACAUAUUUACUGUCUGUUUACAGACUGGAAUACAUGAGGAUGCUGCGUGCUUUGGACUCAGAACGUUUCCAGGUGAUGUUCCGAUACUUUGAAGACAGAGCGAUUCAGAAGGAUAAAUCUGGCAUGAUGCAGUGUGUGAUUGCUGUUAGUGACAAGGUUUUUGAAGUCUUCCUGCAUAUGAUGGCUGAAAAACCAAAAACCAAAGCCCACGAGGAGGAGCUGGAACGUCACGCUCAGUUCCUUCUGGUCAACUUCAACCACAUCCACAAGAGGAUCCGCAGAGUGGCUGACAAAUAUUUGUCCGGCUUGGCUGAAACUUUCCCUCACUUGUUGUGGAGCGGUCGUGUGCUGAGGACCAUGUUAGACAUCCUGCAGACUCUCUCUCUCUCCCUCAGUGCAGACAUUCAUAAAGAUCAACCUUAUUACGACAUCCCAGACACACCUUACAGAAUCACUGUCCCGGAUACUUAUGAAGCCAGAGAGAGUAUAGUGAAGGACUUUGCUGCACGUUGCGGUGAGAUCCUGAAAGAGGCAAUGAAGUGGGCGCCAUCUGUGACCAAAUCACACCUCCAGGAGUAUCUGAACAAACACCAGAACUGGGUGUCAGGUCUCUCCCAGCACACUGGCCUCGCCAUGGCCACAGAAAGCAUCCUUCACUUCGCCGGGUACAACAGACAGAGCACCACGCUGGGGUCCACUCAGCUGACUGAGAGGCCCUCCUGUGUGAAGAAAGAUUAUUCAAACUUCAUGGCCUCCCUCAACCUCAGGAACAGAUACGCUGGAGAGGUGUCAGGUAUGAUCCACUUCGCUCAGGCUGUUAGAGGACAGCCUGAUCUGGGCCGUCUGAUGAUCAAGCAGAUGGGGGAAGCUUUAGACUCUGCACAGCCUGAAGCUUUCACUGAGGCCAUGUUCAAACUGGCCGCUCUGCUCAUCAGCUCUAAAGACUGUGAUCCUCAGCUGUUGCAUCACCUCUGCUGGUCCCCUCUUAAGAUGUUCACGGCUCACGGCAUGGAGACAGCGAUCGCCUGCUGGGAGUGGCUGCUGGCAGCUCGUGUUGGAAUCGAAGUACCAUUUAUGCGGGAGAUGGCCGGAGCGUGGCAGAUGACGGUGGAGCUGAAGAUGGGCUUGUUCUCAGACGCUCAGGUGGAGGCGGACCCUCUGGCUGCAUCAGAGGAGAGUCAGCCUGUGCCCUGCCCUCCAGAUGUUACCCCUCACCAAAUAUGGAUCGAGUUUCUGGUCCAGAGGUUUGAGAUAGCUAAAUACUCCAGCGCAGAUCAGGUGGAGAUCUUUGGAAGUUUACUCCAACGCUCGAUGUCACUCAACGUCGGUGGAGCUAAGAGUAGCCUCAACCGACAUGUGGCUGCUAUUGGACCUCGGUUCAGGCUGCUGACUCUGGGUCUGGCUCUGCUUCACUCGGACGUCCUAACGAACUCAACUGUAAGAAAUGUGCUCAGAGAGAAGAUCUAUUCAACGGCCUUUGAUUACUUCAGCGUGGCUCCAAAGUUUCCCACCCAGGGCGACAAAAGCCUCCGGGAGGACAUCAGCAUCAUAAUCCGCUUCUAUGCCAGCAUCCUGUCCGACAAGAAGUACCUGGCAGCGUGCCACUUGGUCCCACCGGGUGAGCUUGGUACAACCCCAGCCCCGAGCACGCUCUCUGCCGGGAUAUUUGGAUCGCUUAUCGUGUCCAGCACUUCUCCGAUAUCGCUAUUAAAUCAUCAGGAUCCAUCGUUGAACAGUCUGUCAGUGAUGAACUCUGCAGACCUCAGGAGCAGCAUCGACUCCAGCUCUCGCUCCCAGCAGAGCGGUCAGGGAUGGAUCAACACCUACCCGCUGUCCAGUGGCAUGUCCACCACGUCCAAAAAAUCAGGAACAUCCAAGAAGAGUAACAGAGGGACGCAGCUGCACAAAUACUACAUGAAACGUAGGACUCUGCUGCUGGCUUUAUUGGCCAGUGAGAUCGAACGCUUGACGACGUGGUACAACCCGCUGUCCACUCAGGAGCUGGCCAUCGCUACGGAACAGUCAGUGGAGACCAGCAUCGCCAACUGGAGGUCCAAAUACAUCAGUCUGACCGAGAAGCAGUGGAAGGACAACGUCAACCUGGCCUGGGGCAUCGCUCCCUACCUGGCUAUGCAGCUUCCAACAAGGUUCAAGAACGACGCCAUUGUUGCUGAAGUGACCCGCCUGGUGAGACUGGACCCUGGCGCUGUCAGUGACGUUCCCGAGGCCGUCAAGUUCCUGGUGACCUGGCACACGAUCGAUGCCGACUCUCCUGAGCUGAGUCACAUCCUGUGCUGGGCUCCGGCAGACCCGCCCACCGGUCUGUCCUACUUCAGCAGCAUGUACCCUCCUCAUCCGCUCACUGCUCAGUACGGGGUCAAGGUGCUGCGCUCCUUCCCUCCUGACGCCAUCUUGUUCUACAUUCCUCAGAUUGUUCAGGCUCUCCGUUAUGAUAAGAUGGGUUAUGUGAGAGAGUACAUCCUGUGGGCGGCCCAGAAGUCUCAGCUUCUCGCUCACCAGUUCAUCUGGAACAUGAAGACCAACAUCUUCAUGGACGAGGAGGCACACACCAAAGAUCCUGACAUCGGGGAGCUGCUGGAGCAGAUGGUGGAGGAGAUCACAGGCUCUCUGUCGGGUCCCGCCAAAGAUUUCUACCAGAGGGAGUUCGACUUCUUCAACAAGAUCACCAACGUGUCCGCCCUCAUCAAGCCGGUUCCAAAAGGAGAGGAGCGAAAACGAGCCUGUCUGAAAGCUCUGUCGGAUAUCAAAGUUCAGUCAGGCUGUUACCUCCCGAGUAACCCUGAAGCCAUCGUGCUGGACAUCGACUACAAGUCUGGAACGCCCAUGCAGAGUGCUGCCAAGGCGCCCUACCUGGCCAAGUUUAAGGUGAAGCGCUGCGGGGUGAGCGAGCUGGAGAGAGAGGGUCUCCGCGCCCCCUCGGACUCUCUGGAGGACGGAGAGGAGAACCCAGACGGAUCGCGCAGGGUCUGCUGGCAGGCGGCCAUCUUUAAAGUGGGAGACGACUGCAGACAGGAUAUGCUCGCUCUGCAGAUCAUCGGCCUCUUUAAGAACAUUUUCCAGCUGGUCGGCCUGGAUCUGUUCGUCUUCCCCUACAGAGUGGUGGCUACUGCACCAGGGUGUGGUGUGAUCGAGUGCAUCCCAGACUGUAAGUCCAGAGAUCAGCUCGGCAGGCAGACCGACUUUGGGAUGUACGAUUACUUCCGUAACCAGUACGGAGACGAAUCCACCCUCGCCUUCCAGAAGGCUCGGUAUAACUUCAUCCGCAGCAUGGCCGCCUACAGCCUCCUGCUGUUCCUGCUGCAGAUCAAAGACAGACACAACGGAAACAUCAUGCUGGACAGCAAGGGUCACCUCAUCCACAUAGACUUUGGCUUCAUGUUCGAGAGCUCUCCUGGAGGCAACCUGGGCUGGGAGCCAGACAUCAAGCUGACUGACGAGAUGGUGAUGAUAAUGGGAGGCAAGAUGGAGGCCACGCCUUUCAAGUGGUUCAUGGAGAUGUGUGUCAGAGGAUAUCUGGCUGUACGACCCUACAUGGAUGCCGUGGUUUCUCUGGUGACCCUCAUGCUGGACACUGGACUGCCGUGCUUCAGAGGACAAACCAUCAAACUCCUCAAAGGACGGUUUAAUCCUCAAAUGAGCGAGAAAGAAGCUGCGGCGUUCAUCAUCAAAGUCAUCCAAAGCUGCUUCCUCAGUAGCAGGAGCAAAACGUACGACAUGCUGCAGUAUUACCAGAACCAAAUCCCGUACUAAAAAAGUCUCAGACGGGACCUCCACUGUACGUCCAACACAAUCGACUCGACACAAGCAAUGCAACGCGUUACUUUGGAUGAUUUCAAUCAACUGCUGGACUCCACAACAACAACAACAACAACAACAACAACAACAACAUAGCACUUUGAUCCAAAUACUCUGAUUUUAUUCAGCAUACUGUAAGUUGUGAUUUUCUAAGGAACACCUGAGUUAGUUUAAAGUAAAGAUGGGUUUGUUUCCAGGAGAGGUAUCUGAAUCACCCUGUAAGCGUUUUCUUCUCGAUGCUGUUCUUUUGUUAUCCGGCAAACACUGAGCUGAGGACGAUGGCCAUAGAGGGAGCCAUGUUGAUAGUGUUUGUCAAGCAGCUGUUAUCACCAUUGUGUUACUAUGCUGUUAUCCACUUUAAUGCACUUUAUAAAUCCCAGUAUUUCACAAUCUAUACCUGAAGAGCUUAUACAGAGAUUAACCAUGACAUUUAGAUCUUUAGUAGAAAAAUCAAUCGAUUAAUAAACUAUUCUUGAUUCAGCGACAGAUCAAACAUCGAUGCAGGAAUCAAUCAGCAUUUACUCUCAACAGUAGUCUUUAGGAAUGUAGGAGUAUUUAGAGGAUCGGACGUUAGCGUUCUGUAGAAUUAAGUGUCAAAUAUUUACUGUCGACUCGCGUUCAGAUCACAGCGGAUCACUCUGUGGUUCGUGUGGAUCUUGAAGAGUAAUCUGUGACGAACAUAUUUAUCAGAAUCACGGAUCAAAUCCAGUCAUGUCACAUCUCCUCAUUGUCAGCUUCAAACUUUAAAAGGUGUUUUUGAGCGCAUUUUUCCACUACAGGUUCGUAUAGACCCAAAACCUGAACUCUAAAGAAACCACAAGAAGGUGGUGUAAAUAUUCAGCUUCAUCAGGUUUUUAAGAACUUAAUUGUUUUAUUUAUGCGUCAUCAAAAAGGAAAGCGUUGUAUUGAUACCUAAACUAUUAUUGGUCCUUUUCUUCAUUUAGAUCUUCUACUGAUUUAUUAGCAGUAAGGGUUAAAAAAUGUAGGCUUACACAAAUGUUCAGCCUGAAAUCAAAUUUGAUGACAAAACAUUUGAACCCCUUCUCAGUGUUAAAGGAAGAAUGUGCGUCUCUUUGAUCCAGUAGAUGUCGCCCUUGAGCUCCAGCAUGAAACCAAAACAAACUGAAUCCUCCGCUCUCCUCCAGCGACACACCUCCAACCCCUCUCCCCUCGCGUUUGGUGUUCUCAAAUUGGAACGCACCAUAAUUAAGCACUAAGCGAAAGCAGUGGACAAAAUUGUCCUUCUCUCGAGCUGCAUUGUUGUGUUAGCAUGCUAAUGUUAGCGCUGGUUACUUUGCUCGUAGCGUGGAAAUUUACACAGAAUGACCGUGAUCUAAAAACACUUACAUGACAUUCAAAUAAGCAGUGAGGUAUUAAUCACUUAAACAGUUUUUAUACACAAGGCCGUCCCGUCCAUGUAAACACGGCUCUGACAACAACACAGCCAGCGGGACUCGAGCUUCUCCCUCAUACAGUCAUGACUCAGAGACACAUUUACACAGGAUAUACUUGAUUUCUGCUAAAUUUAUAUGUAAAAUAUUGCACAUUCUUCCUUUAAGAUUUUGGGAAUGCCUCAAUGAGAAGUGGUGGAUUGGCAUGGAAACCCACAUAAUACAUUUGUAAACAGAACGAAGAGAUACAUGCCUCGAUUUCAACGUAGGUCCCAUCUGUUACAAGGCAAAAAGCCAAUCAUAAUUUAGGAAUUUGAAGUAUUCCCUGGGGUGGCCAAUCAGAUAUCAGGGGCCCAGGCCACCCCUGAUCUUCCCUCUUCACACGCCCCUGGUACAAAGCAUUAUGAAAACGAGAGGAGAACAUUUUUCUCUUUGCAUAGUGAGAAUAAAUAAUUCAGAAUAUGAGAAAAAAAUCUUCCUUUCUAAUUAAUUGUUUAUUCAUUUACCUGGCUCGAAAACUGAAACCCUAUCUGCAAAAUUGAAAAAAAAAGUAUUUAUUUUUUUAUUAUAUAUGUGUCAAGCGUGGCCUUGACUCUUCUGUACGUGUCCGUGCAUAAAACAGACUUUAAGGUCCCAUAUUCUGCUUUUUCUGGUUUCAUAUGCUCUUUAGUGUGUUUUCCAAGUGUCCUGUGCAUGUUUAGGCACAUCUAUGUGCAAAAAUUCAAAGUCCGCGGAAACGCUCUUCUCCUACGUCCUCCUGUUAGCUGUAGCAUUAGCUGCAUGUAACGCUCGGUUCUAGCCCCCCUCGAUAAAAAUCGCUGAUUUAAGCCCAUUGGCUCGUUUUGGCAGCUCAUGUUGAAAUUUCCGAGACGCGUGCUGAGCAACUGAACAAUAAGGACAGAGCGGAUCGGCAGACCAAUCAGAGCAGACUUGGCCCACGUGGGGUCUAACAGUGGGGGCUCAACAGAGUGUAGCUGACGGACUCAGAGCGGAGAGGGAGCAAGGAGGAGCAGUACAUGAAAACAGACACUUUUUUCGGACUUUAGCUAUUGUGAACGUACAAAAGUAGAUACAUAGAUUAAAUAUAUGAACCCCAAAAAGGGCAGAAUAUGGGCUCUUUAACUCUUUAUUUGAUGAGUGAAAAUGACAGAAAAACAAAACAGUUGCAUUAAAAAAUAACUAUUAUCAUUAACAGUUAUUGAGAUAAAUAUUAAAACUUCUCAGUGUAAGGCCUUAGAUAUUUCUUUAAUAAAAGGAAAAACGCAGCAGAAAAUCUCACGCCUACAUUACCCAUGAUGCACCUUGAUCCUCAACUGUUUACCAGGAGAUGCAGCAGUAUUUUUGCAUCCUCUGAGCAGUGCAAACAUUAAAUUCCUCGGUGAAGAAGAAUGAAAAGCUGCCUGUGAUAAUGGCUGCAUGUCAAUAAGUUCCUCUAGUGGAAAAAAAAAACAAAAAACGUAUAUUUUGUUUUGGAAGGACCAGAAGCUCUACAUCCCUGCAUGACACAUAUUUCAGUCCUGUCUCAUGUUACAGGUGUUCUCCAUGUUUGCAUACCCUUUACAGUCUUUGUAACCCGUUUAGAAACAUUCCUCUUUGAGUGUUUGAGAUGUACCGAGACUCCUGGGUUUGGGUUUGUCGGAGGACUGUGAUGAUGAUGACGAUGGUUAAGCCUAAAAGCCAUUUCUCCUACCCUCGGUAGAACCACAGCUGUAGUAAUACUUGAUAAUUAAAAAAACCCUAACCUUAUGCAAUAUAUUCCUGUAUAUUAAUGCUGUAUUUGUGUGUUGUUGCUGUAAAUCCUUCCAUCAAAAAACACGCGUGUGUGUGUGAGAAGUGUUUCAUGUCGCAGCUGCUGUCUUUAAAUCACCGAGGUUUGAACGUGAAGUAUUUCCAGACGUGAAACUCCUUUUUAAAUGGCUUCUGAACAGACUUGAUCAAUUCUUGAUGAAAGCCAUUUUUAAUGUAGUGGAUUUUAUUUUGUUGCUGUCAUUUUAAAUAAGUUAGUCCAUUGUAACCUGUGAACCACAAGUUGUGUGUGUGUGUGUGUGUGUGUGUGUGUGUGUGUGUGUGA